UGAAUCUCCUUGAUUUAUUUGUAUAUUUACUUCUUUAAAUUUUAUGAGACCCCUUAAUGAAAAUUCUAACGAGCGACAAAGGGAGGUCCUCAUUUCAUGGAUUGCAAAUUAGAAUUAAUCUUAUGUCUGUACCACUAGUUUCAUAGGCGUGGCUUUUCUUGGACCAAAAAAGUGCAAAGUAAUAUUGCUCACAAUAUUGUUUUCCUAUCGAAGAAAUCCAUAUUUUUUUAAAUGAGAUAAUUAUAGAGUCUUUCCUUCAAGAUUCUUUUCGUUAUGAUGAUUUUAUUUGUGUUUUACUUAUUUUUUUAUUUUUAAAAAUUCAUGUAGCGACUUUAACAAAUUUAUCUUAAAGUAAACAUUUAUAAUGUACCAAUUUUGCCCUUUCUCUUCUUAUUUUCAAAGGAAUGUUCCCCUUUCUCUGUGUGGCCUGGGUUCAUAUAAUCAUAAAAAAUAUUGACUAGUUGUCAAAGAUAUUUCUCUGGCGACUUCAAUCGAUUAUGAGUUUCUAGCUAGAGUGUAUCAAAGGUGUCACUUAUGUUAAACUAAUACGUCGUAUAAUAUGUAAUGGAGCUGAUGCCAUCAAUUAAAUACAGGGAAAAUUUCAUAUAAAAACAGCUGGGCUCCCUACUUUUCAACUUUAUAGCCCAUAUUUCAAUUUACAAUUGAGUAGCCCAAAAAUAACAGGCCCAUAUCCGAAAAAGGGGGCGUUAUUUCCGUUUUUGGGAUUCAGAAGCGGGAUUUUGUAUCUUUCAGCGGGAUUUUCUCUCAUUCUUUCCAUUCUUCUUCCCCAAAUCUACAAAAAUGCGAUCUCACAGUCAAUUUUACGUUCUUCAUAGUGGUGAAUGGGAAGACAACAAGUUUAUCAAUUUCGUCAGCGAUUGUGUAAUAAACGAGUCGACAGUCAGCUACAACAAUUAUGUUGAAGCAAUUUCGAAACAGAUUAGAAUUGAUUAUGAGUUAAACACAUUAGACAUUAACUUUCUCCCAAAAGAUGGUUUGGCACCGAUCCUGAUUUACAACUAUACUGGUGUUCGGGUGUAUAUUUAAUUAAAGAAGAAAAACUUCAAUUUCACUGAGUACCCGUUGUAUGUGACUGUGAAAGAGAUUUAUGAUAAUUGUUUGGUUGCUACAAGCUCCAGUAGUUUGGUUGCUACAAGUUCCAGUUGUAUAGAUAAAGGCAAAUAUGUAAAUGAUAUUGAAGAUGCAUCCACAAUUGAUAGCACAGAGAUUAUGCCUGAUAUCAAAUUAAUUGAGAACACUGAUUAUGGUAUAAUAGAUAAUAUGUUAAAUGAAUUGGUUGAGGAGGAUCAAGUUUAUAAAGAUAAAGAGACAGUUGUCAGUGUGAUGAAAAACUUGGCUGUACACGAAAGGUUCCAAUUCAAGGUGAAGAGAUCAAGCGCAACAAGGUAUCACCUUAUGUGUGUGGAUGACAAUUGUGCUUGGAGUUUUAAAUCUUCUGCCGUUUACAAGGCAAACAUAUUCAAGGUUAGAAGUUAUAAUAAUAAUCACACAUGCGGCUAUGGUGAAAGAUACUUAACACAACGUCAAGCUACUUCGGGUGUAAUUGCUAGUAUAGUCAAGGACAAGUAUGUUAAUUCAAAAAAAGUUUACACCGCAAAUGAUAUAAUAGAGGACAUGCAAAAGCAACACGGGGUUGAAGCGAGCUACAUGAAAGCAUGGAGAGCUAAAGAGAUAACAAUGGCAAUGAUAAGGAAUCCGAGCGAUUCAUAUAAGGAGUUGCCGAGGUAUUUGUAUAUGUUGGAGCAUACAAAUCCAGGAACGGUUACAAAGUUGCACAAAUCAGAAGAUGGAUGCUUACUUUAUGCAUAUGUUUCGCUAUAUGCAUCUAUCAAGGGCUGGGAGAAUUGCAGACUGAUAAUGGUUGUUGACAGAAGUUUCCUUAAAGCAGCAUAUAAGGGUACCAUAUUGACUGCUUGCACACAGGAUGGAGCUGGAAAAAUCCUUCCACUUGCAUAUGCAAUUGUAGAUUCAGAGAAUAAUAAAUCUUGGGAGUGGUUCUUCGUCCAGAUAAAGGGUACUUUUGGUGUUAGGGAAGGGAUGUGUAUAGUUUCAGAUAGAAAUGAAAGCAUCUUCAAUGCCACAAAAGCUGUGUACCCAGAAGUUCCACAUUGUAUUUGCAUGUUUCACUUGUGGCAGAAUGUCAAGCGCACAUUCAAGAAACAUCACAAACAAUUGAAGGAGAUCUUCUUCGCUUUGGCUAGAGCUUACACGAUAGAGGAGUUUGACUACCAUAUGAGAGAGAUGUGCAAAAUUGAUUCGAGGGUGUAGCCUUACUUGUUCGAAAUUGGCUAUGAAAGGUGGUCUAGGGCAUACUCCAAAGUGAAAAGGUCGAUGGUAAUGACAUCCAAUAUUGCAGAGUCAAUUAAUGCAGCAAACAAAGAUGCUAGAGAUCUACCAAUAAUGCGAUUGCUGGAGUAUAUGACAAAUUUGCUACAACAGUGGAAUAACAAAAACAAAAAAAGUGCAAUGGAGACAUCUACAGAGCUUGGAGAAAUGUGAGGCCUGCUACGGAGCAGUUAUAUACUGUGCUUGAAGGGGUAAGGCGAAACAUAGUGUGCCUUGAAGAGGAACAUGCAGUUGCGGAAAAUUUCAAAUGGAUGAACUUCCAUGUCCGCAUGCUUGGGCGAUAUUGAAGAACCAAUAGCUGAAACCCGGCUAGUAUUGCUCUUUUUACUACAAGAAGGAUAACCUCCUUAGAACUUAUGAAUUUCCAGUGAAUCUGAUGCCAGAUGAGAGUUUAUGGGUAAUCCCAACAGAGGUGCUGGAAGAUAUGGUCCUACCAUCUAAAGGGAGAAGAAAUGCAGGAAGGCCAAGAAAGGAAAGACUCAAACCGGCUUUAGAGAAAGAGCAUAAGAGGGGUUUUUUAUGUUCUGUAUAUGGACAAAGUGGUCACAAUAGAAAAACAUGCAGGAAUCGACCAAAAUAAAUAGUUGGAAACAUAACACUUCCUAUUACAUAUGUUGUCAUGUUGAGUAGUUAAGUUUCACAAACAAUAGAGUUACAAAUGUUGAGCAGUUAAGUUUCACAAGCAAUUGAGUUACAAAUGUCAAUAAAGAAUUACAAUUU